AUGAGCAAAUACCAGCCACCAACAAAGAAAAAAGUAACAAAGCAAAGUGUUCCUCAGUAAUCUAAAAAGCAAGAAUAGUAGCCAGAAUAAAUGUAUAUAGAGACUAUACUUGAUCCAACAUAGGAAUCAAUAAUAAGUUUAAUUUAAGAGUAUCUGGUGAGAUACUAAUUGUUAAACACAUUAGAUACAUUAUCAAAAGAAUUAGCUUCUGGAUAAAUGGGAGCUGAGACCUAUCAUUUAGAUUCAGAAUUACUUGAAGUAAGUAACAUUUCAAAUUAAUUAGUAUUUUGAUAAAGGAUAAUAUGAAAUGUUUUUCAUGUUAUGGAACAAAUAUCUACCUUAUAAUUUAAGAAUGAAGGAUGAGGAUGCUAAGAAAUUGGAGUUUUAUAUAUAAAUAUACUUUUUAAUUUAUGAAAUACAUCCUAAAACUGGUAAGAAGGGAGGAGUAAUUAGCAAACCUGCACUUCAUUAUUUUAAAACAUAUCUUGAUACGAAAGGUUAGGAGUAAGUAAUUCUUGUUAAAUUUAGAUUGUCAAAAACAACAGAAUUUUUACCAUAUUAUGCUCUUGCAUAUGUACAGAGGCCAUAGGAACAUCCAACAUAUAAACAUUUUUUUACAAAUUAAUGGAUUAUAGAAACCAAAGGAAAGCUUGUUAAAUUAACAAAUGAAUUAUUGAAUAGGGAAUAAUUGACAGUUAUGGAAUAAAUGUAUUAGAAUUUUACAGAGCAAGAGCCUAAGAAAGUGGUAAGAUAUUAGAAUAAUAAAUAGAAUUUAACAUAAUCUAAUUAAAAUUAUACAACAUAAUUAGGAAUGAACAAUUAAGAAUUAUUGGCUGUUAUUUAAGAUUAUAAUUUGAAAUAUAAUUAGAUGCAAAAGAAGUUUAAGGAUUAUAUAGAAUAAAGUAAAUAGACAAUGAUAGAAGCUCAACAAAAAUGGUAUUAAUUAAACAAAGAAGUUACAGAUAUAGCAAAUUAGUUAAAUAAAAUGUUAGAAGAUAGUAGAAGAGGAAAAUAAGUUCCAUAAGAUCUUCUUGAUGAACAGUUAAAAAAAUUAGCUAAAUUAUCUCAAUUUUUUAGUACAUCAGUAGAAGAGAUAAUAAGUUAAAGUUAGGAUAUUUCUAUGUAUGAUAAAGCAAGCAUUUUUGAAAAUGAUUUAAGUAUAAGUCCUAUACCGCAACAUUCUUAAUAAUAACACUUUAAUUUUAAUCAACCGCAAAUACCUUAUGUGUAAUUAAACUAUUAAAAAAUUAAAUCAGUAUUUCAAGAUAGCUAAAGUGAGCCUGGAUUUAUUUGUAGAAUUUUAUAAGCAUUAAGAUUUCGAAUAACAACUGCUAAAGGAGCUAGAGUGAGAAGAGAAAUAUUAAUUUAAUAUGCUUAAUUUGAUAUAUUGGGAUGUACUCCUGGAAAUACAACAGUAUUACAAAGAUUGUUAGUAGAUGCUCCUAAUUCUGUAAAAGAAUAUACAUUAAGAUUAACAAAUGCUAUGGCUAGUGAUUAUUAAGGUAGAAGUUAUUUGAUGGCAUCAUUCACUUUAAUUAAAACACUAAUUGAUAUAUUAAAAAAAGAGAAGGAUGAUUCAUUAGUUAGGAGAAAUGCUUUAGGUGCCUUAUAGAAAUUAUCAUUAAGAAGAAAACCUUAAGUUGUAAUGAUAGAAAAUGAUGUAAUAAAAUGGAUUGUCAGAACAUUGGAGAAUGAAAAAGAAUCAUUGAGUGAAUAUUCAUAUGAAUAUGCAACUGCUUUAUUUAUGAAUCUAAGUAUGAGAGAUUAAGGAAAAUAAAAGUGUGUAGAAUUCAAAAAGGAAGUCUUAAAAGUAUUAAAUGAUCUUUUAGAACAUGACAAUAUGUAAGUAAGAACUUUUGUAAAUGGUACUCUAUACUCUUUGUUUUCAAUUUCACAAAUGAGAGAAUAAGCAUAAGCUUUAGGAAUGAAAGAAAGAUUAGUACUUUUGAUGUAAAAUUCUGAUGAUAGAUUCAUUAAAUAGAUUCAAUAUAUUUUAGAGUAAAUUAAUAAAGUUGGUCCAGAUGAACUAGAACCAGAUGAAGAUAAUGAUGUAGAUGAUAUUGAUGAUAUUGAUGAUAGUGAAGAUACUAUAGAAGAAGAAGAUGCUGAAGAUGCUUUAAAAGCUAAAGAUGGAGAAUUAGUAGGAGAAGAAUUACUCAAUGCUCAUUUUAGUUUAUCUCAUUAAGAAGCAAUUUAAGUUAUUUAUUAUUUAUAUUUUAUAGUAAAACACAAUGACUAGAUCUAUUAUUAUGCAAGAAAACUAAAAUAAAAAAGCUAUGACACCUAAAAGUUCUUAAUAAUAACCUUUUAGACCUACAACUCCUGUAAUCUCUGCAAGUUAAUUAUAAAAAUCUUAAUUACCAUCUGAAAUGAAACCUCGACCUAAAAUUGCUAGAACACCUGUUGGAUAAGAUAGACCUCCAGUUAAUUUUGAUCAAUCAGAAUAACAAUUCUAAUAAUAAUAAUAACAAUUUUAAUAAUAAUCAUAAUAAAGCAUGAAAUCCUCUUAAUAAAACAAUAAUUCUCAGCAAAGAUAACCAUUACCAGAGAUUAAACCAGCUGUUGAAGCCCCCUUAGAAUAACCUAGCUAUGAAAAAAAUGAUGAAGUAAUCAAAUCUUUUAUACUUAGUAUAAAAAUGCAUUUUAACAUAAACCUAAAAUUCCAAGAACACCACCUUAAAAAUGAUAUAUUUAUGUUAAUAUACAAAAUGUUUAUAAAGUCAGAAUAGC